UUGAAAGCUGGCAACCGGCUCGAGCACACGACUUCAAUCCCAGUUGCCAGUUAAGUGAAAAACAAUUCGUACAAUUUUUUUAUAAGUGAAUUUAGUGGUCUUUUAUAAUUCAGUGUUCUAAAAAAUGUUGCGAUCUGCUUCGUGUCUCAGACAUCCCCAGGUCUUGAAGAGCUUACGACACACAAAUCGAGCGAUACUGGUAACGAGAUGUAGAAAAACACCUAAUCGAUAUUUCCAGACAACGGUUACUCGUUGGGCUGACAUUACGCCAAACCGCCCAUCGUCUGCAGUAGAAGCUUCAAUCCUUUCGUACAAGCUCGAUCACAAAAUUUCUGAGCCAAACGUGUCCUCUAUUUCCGUUAAAAAACCUUCAUUAGCCAAAAGAAUUUUAGACGAGUUAGUGCAUUACUAUCAUGGGUUUCGAUUGUUGUUUAUCCACGUCGGUAUUUCGGGGAAUUUGCUCAUGCGCGUUCUUCAGGGAGAAACUCUAUCACGACGAGAAAAGAAGCAGCUAGUCACAACAACUUCAGACGUAUUCCGUCUUGUACCCUUUUCAGUUUUCAUUAUCGUUCCCUUCAUGGAACUCACCUUGCCGAUUUUUCUAAAGCUAUUUCCCAACAUGCUGCCUUCUACCUUUCAAACAGCUGACGAUCGAGAGACUAAAUUCAAAGCAACGCUCAAAGUCAAGCUAGAAACGGCAAAGUUCUUACAACAAACAUUGGACGAAAUGGCACUCACUGGUAGUGGUCACCAAAGCCAGACAGCACAAGAUUUUGCUAAAUUUUUCCAGAAAAUUAGAAGCUCGGGUCAACAAGCCUCCAACGAAGAAAUUUUGCGCUUUUCCAAGCUUUUCGAAGAUGAAAUCACAUUGGACUCGCUUAGCCGUCCACAGCUGACAGCUCUCUGUCGCGUGCUAGAAAUUGCACCAAUUGGCACCAACAAUCUACUACGCUUUCAAUUACGGAUGAAGUUGCGACAUCUAGCCGCUGACGAUAAGUUGAUUCUUAAAGAAGGUAUUGGUUCCCUCUCCAUCUCAGAAUUGCAGGCUGCUUGCCGUGAACGAGGCAUGAGAUCUCUUGGAGUAAGCGAGAUUCGCCUCAAAUCACAGUUGUUCCAGUGGCUCGAUUUGAGUAUGGGCGGGAAAGUUCCACCAUCGCUUUUGCUUCUUUCCCGGGCAUUGUACUUACCUGAAAAUGUUUCUGCUACCGAACAACUCAAAGCAACCAUAGCUUCUCUGCCAGAAUCAGUAGCUGCACAAACUAGCGAUGCCAUUAACCACCGACGAGGGAAAAUCAACAAUCAAGCUCGCAUUGAGGCACUUCGAGUAGAACAAGCCAAAAUUCAUGAAGAACGGAAGGAAACACACGUCGGUCAGGUUGCUUUUGACACCAAAAAGCUCACACUAACUCUGGCCGACGCUGCUCUCUUAGAAAACGCUCUGGAGAGUGUUGGCGUACAGCGGAAUAAACAACUUCUCGUCGCUAAAGGAGACCUCACAGAUCUUAAAGAAGAAAUGGCUGACUACCGGGAAGACAUAAAAGAACUGGAGGACCUCUUACAAUCCCCCGAAAGAAAGCGUCUCGUAUUACGCGAGUCUAAAGCUGCUCGCCGUCUUUUCCAAACCGUAAAUCGAAUGAUUCAGAAACUUGAAAACCACAUUGAAGGACCCGCUUUAAGUGAGGGGCAAUUAAAUACAAAAGAUAAGGAAGAAAUCGUGUCUAUAGAAGAGCUAAUCGCAUCCAUUCGUCGGAUCAAUGCCAUCGAAGACUCGGCCAAUCUACACAAAAUUGUGCACAUCCUAGAUCACAUUGACGUGGACCGAGAUGGAGUAAUUACAGUAGAAGAAGUUAUGAAGGUAAUCGAACUUUUAGAAGAAGAAGGAAUUAAUUUGACUGCAAAACAAAUGACAGAAAUACUCGGCGUUGUCAGUAAAGAAGAAUUUCUGGAAAUGGAAAAGAAAAUUGAAAAAACUUUGGGGCAGGUUGUUAAUAGCAGAAAACCUGAUGCUGAUUGUUUAACCAGCCAAUCUCUUCUUGCAAAAACAGACGAAAGAAAUAAUUGUGUUGAACAAAUUAUGAUUGGGGAUGUGAAAAAUUCCAUCAACCGAGAAAAGUUAAAAUCAGGACGGGAGCUUCCGAGAGAACCACUGGACAUUGCUGAGGUUGAAAAAAUCCUUUCGCUUGUUACUCAGUUGAAAACACUAUACGCCCAUGAGGUUGGACAGAGCAAAGAAAACAUUAAACCUAUCUUCUUCCGAGCGCAAGCCAGAAUAGGAAGUUCGUCUGGCCUAAACCCAUAAAAGAUGUUUAGAUAAAUGAAAUUCAAACAUGUAUAUGUUCUGAUUGAAA